UAGAAGCAGACGAAACCUAAGUUUAAAUAUUGUAUUGUGGGUGGAGAAGAAAGAGAGAUCGAGAGGGAGAGAAUGAAGGAUGGAUGAGUCUGUGGGAUUUGGAUUCAUGGCUGUAUGUGCUGUGUCAGGAAGCAUGGUGUUGUUGGUUCAUCAUGUUCACAAGCACCUGUUCUCUAAUUUCAUGAAGAAGAUUGAGUUCGAAAUGGGUGGUGUCUUGCGCCCUCGACCCCAACACAAUCCCACUGUUUCGGAGCAGAAGCAUGAAAAGAAGUUGCGAUUCUGCGAAGAUGCAUCACCGAAGAACAAGAAUGAUCGUAAAAAGGUGACGAGGGCGGUGAUGGAGAAGGAGAGAAAGGUUUUGGUGAGUGAGGAUGUUCAUCAGAAAUGGAGGGGUGGACCCAGACUGGAGGACAUCAUGCCUCCUAACAGGGCAGUUCUCUAUAAGGGCAUUAUGAAAUACAGGACUCGCAUGGGCAAGUUUGGUUUUUGAGCUUUUUUCCCCCCUUCUUCAUUUCGUUGCCUGACUUCGUGAUUGAGUCUUCCUAUAUGUUCAUUUGUGUUUAUCGUGUGCAUAUUUUCUUGGAUUUAUCGUGUGUAUAUUUGUCUUUCCCCGUUGUGUUCCUGUAUAUUGAUUUGUUUUUUAAUUUUUUUUUUAUUUUUAGGGGUGGUUAGGCAGUGAGUGGGUUGCCAUGACAUUAAAUAUUUUUUUAUGUGUAUGUAGAUAUUUUAAUUGUCUCUGGCAGAGAAGGAAAA